CACAUUAGCACUUCAACAUGAAAUUGUUUACGAUAUUAGCAUCGAUACUGGCUUUAAUAGCUGUAGCUAUGGGUUCACCCAAUCCUGUGCCCGAACCUCAAGGAGGAGGCGGUGGCGGCGGUGGCGGUGGUGGUCUUUAUGGCGGUGGCGGUGGUGGUGGUGGUGGUGGCGGUGGCAAAUAAAUCUUCGACCAUUCAUUUCAUCCCAACGCCUUUCAACAAUCAGAAUGACUUUGCAUGAACGAAAUAAUAAUUGACUUGCGAUGAUGAAAAAUAAAACAUUGGAAACAGAAAAAAAAAA